AUGAACAAGGUUUCACUCUAAGACAAUAUGGAAAAAUAAAGAAAAAGAUUAGAAGAUCAGCUUGAGGAAAUUGAGUAAAUGAAAGACGAAUUGGACAAGGAUGAAUAUGAAUAAUUGAAAAAAGAAACUUUAGAGCAACUAGAAACUUUCAAUAAAGGUUUGAAAGAAUCUGAAGGAAGUAAGAAAGUAGAAUUAAAAGAAAGUAAAAUAUAAGGUAUUCUAAAUGCUCAAGUUUAGUAGGAAGCAGCUGCUAUCAGAGUUAAGAUCCAAAAAAUUGAAUAAGCAUAUCACCUAAAAUAAGUUAAUUUAGAAUAGCUCACUAAGGAAAAGCUAAAUCUUAUUAACUAAAUGAGCAGCGAGCUAAAAGUUCCACUUACAUAAGACGAACAGAAAUUUCAACAUGAACACACUGGAAAGGGCAAUUUCAUCUCUCAAAAACAGGAAAUAAAAGGAGAUAAGCUAAUUUCAGAAGCAAAUGAUUAAAUUUAAAAACAUUUUUGA